GAGUGAGUAUGGGGUGGUGUCUCAAUCAGCUAUGACUUGUAGUGGCUUUUCUUUGAUUUUACUCAAUUAGUCACUGCCCCCCUCACUGCACGGCAUCAUUUACCAACCAACCACUACAAACUACAAACAAAGUCAUCUUCACUUGCCACCCUUUUCAUUAUUAUCUCCUCCAACUCCACUAACUAACUCCUUCAUGAGUUCAUGUCCUUUGUUUGUUUGGAUAUUCCUCUGCCUUUUACUUUUUCUCUCUUCUUUUCAUUGCCACCUUUAAUUUAGUCCUUUCAUGACUCUCUUCACAAAAGGUUACUCAACCUGUGACUAUUGAAACCACUUUCCUCUUUUGUUUCUUUUGCUCUGCAACCAUAACUCUAUUGCAAUUUCUAUGCACCCUUAUUUACAGGCUUCAAGAGUGGAAAGUAGGAUUCUCUUAGCAGAGUUUUAGGCCUCAUAGCUGCAAAUAAAUUAAGGUAUGAGAUUGUUUUGAACUGUGAAUUUGUUACUGAGAGGGGCUGCAUAGAAGCUUGAACAAUUGAGAAGAUGGCUGAAAGGAAAUUGAAUAUCAAUGCCCCUCUCAUGUCUGUCAGACGCACUGCUGCAACAUCAUCUUUGUAUGAAGCAAGGAAAAGGAUAUUAGAGAAGCGUCACACCCUUCCACCAAACUACAACAAUUCAGAGAUGGAUCAGCUAACAGAACCUGUUGCUGUGCCUUUCAAUUGGGAGCAUAUCCCCGGAAGGCGCAAGGGUAACAGUGCUAAUGGCAAUGGCAAUAGUGUUGGAUCUGAGCAUCAACCUUCUAAGGAAGCAUCAAACACUCCAAGUCCAAGGCUUCCCCCUGGAAAAUCAACAAAUGCUUCUUUCAAACAGCCAUCAGAAAAGGAUUCUAAACUUGCAAAUAAGAUCAGGGCUACAAAUAAAUCAAACUCCUUCAAUGUCAGUGUGGUUAGAAAUAAAAUGGAUGGUGGUAGAGAAAAGAAAGCUGAGAGCAUUGUUGAGAUUAGAAGGUCUAAUGUGGAGGAGAAAAAGGUGAACAAGGAUAAUGAUGAUGAUGAUGAUGCUUUUUCUGAUGCACUUGAAACACUGUCACAAACACAAUCAUUCUCCAUGAACUGCAGUGAGAGUGGUGUGAGCGGUUUGGAUACUUUGGAUGCAAAGAAGUUGGGAACCGUCUCUACUGAUCAGCAAACUAGAGACUUCAUGAUGAGCCGGUUCUUGCCGGCCGCGAAGGCUAUGACUCUGCAGCCUCCUCAGUACUCUUCAAAGAAGCAGCAAUCAGGUGUGCUGGUAGAACAACCACUAAGAGAUGUUACCAAAUUGAUUCGCGAUGAAAAGAAGCCAUUGCUUAGUAAACAGAUCACUGAUAUCAUACCAUAUUCUGCUCAGUGUCAAGAGGAGGAAGAAGAAAGUGAAAAUGAAGGUGAUGAAUAUGACAACUCUGCUAAUAUCUCAGCAAAAGGCUGCGGAUUGUUACCACGUUUACAUGUUAGAAAUUCCUUGUGCUUGUUGAAUCCUAUGCCUGAUGUGAAGAUCAAGAGCCAGGUUUCAUUGCCUUCAUCAAAUGAGGUUGUGAAGCCUAGUAAAAUUUCUCAAAUUAGAUCUUUUAGCCCAAUUCCAGCUGUAAAGAAAGCAUGGGAUGCAAUUCACAAUCACAAGAACAAAUCAAGCUCAGGAGGUGCAUCACCUGACCUGCAAGAAAGCAGGAAGAAAUGGACUAGUGAUUCAAACAGGUUUACUUAUUACUCCGGCGAGUUGCUGCCGGGUAGGCUCUCUCCCUUUCGCCGUUCAAGAGCAGCUGCAGCUGGUGUAUCUCCCUGUAGGAGUAAACCUCAGUCUCCAUUUCGUGGAGCAAGGCUGCCAAGCGAUCCGAGAGAAGCCGAGAAUAACCAGCCUGGCAAGAUGAAAUUCCAUAGCACAGAGCUUGGAAAGUUUAGGGAGAUACCAUCCAUGGUAGCACCCAAAAGAAGUUCAUAUUCAGGGAACCUGACAACUGAAAAAACAUUGUACAUAGAUACUGCAAGUACAGUCAAAUUGUCAUCUUCAAAUUUGAGCUCUGUAGAUAAAAAUCUAAGGAUAGAUACUCUGAUUGCCGAGUUGGACAAAAGAAGAGGGAAAGAAACUUCUCAUCAAGACACAAAUCAUGUACAAGCUAUAGAAGAGAAGGACUCAUUGGAUAGUUCUAGUGAUGCUAAUUCUUCUACUUUGUCUAGUAUGUUACUUCAUAAGGCCAAAGAAGAUAAAGAUGAAGCACUGAAAACAGAUCAAGAAGUACGAAAUUCUACUGAUGAUUCAAUGAUGAACAACCAGCAAAUUGUGUUAGCUGAAUCUCCUCUUCCUCCACCAUUGCCAAAGUCACCUUCUGAAUCCUGGCUCUGGAAGGCCCUGCCUUUAGUCUCUGCAAAGAAUUCGUUCCUGCAUUCGAAUCAGUCCAAUGCUAAAAGGCAAGAUUCAAAUACAGCAUCCAGCAAUAUUAUAAAGUGGGAAACAAUAGUCAAAACUUCAAAUUUGCAUCAUGAUCAUGUACGAUAUUCUCAGGAACUAAUCACACAUAAUAAAUCUCAGCAUUGAAAACCUUAGAGAUGGAACUCAUGUGACUUUUUCUAUCAUGUUAUGCUCCAAGCUCUUUUGAUCUUGAAUUGUAUAGAGAGACAAAUAGUCAUUGUUGGAGAUCAAUGAUCAAUAAAAAGAAAGCUUCUUUUGGACCUUUUGGAACUUUCAAUUGGAUUCAAGAUUUGUUGAUCUGCCUUAGACAAGUGUGUAUUGGCUAGUAUAGUUAUGCCUUUCAUGAUGCUAUUCAAGUUUUUUGUGGAGUGUUUCCUCUUAA